CGAAUUUUCAACUUUUGAUGAAGCUCAUGCAUUUAUAGAAAAUUAUGCAGCACAAGCUCAAAUUGUUAUUAUCUUGAAAAAAUCGACUAAAAAUCCUGAUGGCAGUGGUUAUAGAAAAGCAUAUUUUGUCUGCGAAAAACAGGGGAAUUAUAAUGGAAGAAAGGAAGAUGGAUAUUCUACUAAGCGAAUAA